GGAUAUGUCAACUGGUCAUGAAUCCAUAGUGUCAUCUGAAGAUUCCAAAGCCGAAGAUAACUUUGUUACAACAGCUGGAAAUUGAAGGAGAGGGAUCAUGCAUUCAGGUCUGUGGCUGAGGUUGAUGACACUGACAGCUCUGACAGUUCGCAUGGCAGCUCAAAGUCCAGCGGUUUUCACUUUGAUGGUCCCUCAUGGUCUGAUCUUGACCGCGUUGAACUCCUCGGUCUCUCUGGCUUGUGAACUCUCACCUCUCUUCAAUGCGGAGCCAUUGGAGGUGCGCUGGUACCGGUCCGGUGACUUCAACAAACCUGCCUUGUUGUACAAAGAUCACAAGAUCCAGGAAGCCCCUGUGGACCCCCAGUACAGGGGCAGGGUGUCUCUAACUGGGGGGCUGGAGAGAGGGAAUGUGUCCCUGAGACUGGAGAGGGUCACACUGGAAGACAGGGGGGAGUAUAUAUGCCAAGUCACCAGUGACCAGUGGUAUGAAAAGGCCAGUGUCUUCCUCACAGUAAAUGUACUAGGUGGUACCCCAGUGGUCUCUGUUGCUGAAGCAAGAGGAGGAGGAAGUCAGGUGAACGUUACCUGUUCAUCAGAGAGAUGGUCACCACAACCUACACUCACCUGGAGAAACAAAGAGGGGACAGAGAUCAGAAAUGGACAAGAAGUACUCAACACUCCAGAUCCUCAGGGCUUGGUGAGUGUGAGUAGUUGGCUGCUGUAUUCUCCCUCAGACUCCGAUUGGCUCUCCUGUACAGUCUCUCUGUCUGAGGAGGUGAAGAAGGAGAGUAGAAUCCUGCCCAGAGCUCCAACGGAGAGUGAGAAUCUCAGAAAUCUUAAUCAGUAUCUCAUCAUUUAAUAUCUUAGUCAACUUAACACAAUAAGUUAAUUAUACCCACAAACCAGUCAACAAAAAAAACUUGGACCUGUUGUGAAAUGGACCUUGGGCUUUCCUACACGGACACCUACCUGAAUAAAUUAAUUCUUAAAAGAUAGAGACUUGGUCUGAACGGACCCAAGGACAACCAGACCCGGUCUGAUCCAAUCUGAGGGAAGCAGCAAAAGAACUUAACUGGAGCUGUUAAAGCGCGAUGGAGAGA